UAAAGGGUAUUAUAGGAAAAUAUGACACAAAAUAUAGAUUAGUCUAAAGGGACAUAGUUACUAUUUUUUUGCUCUAAAAAAAACAGUUUUCCCAAAUAAGUUUUAGUGGACGCGAAAAGUCAUAUUAUCUUUUGAGGCAAUGUUUGAAUGAUUGGCUGUAAUUCCAUAGAUGCAUCUAAAAAGAGCCAGAGAGAGUUGUUGGUAGAGUCGGUCCUCAUAUUGAUUUUCCUAUGUAAAAUAAUACUAGUAUAUAUUAUCAUAUAAUUAUAAAAAUGAUAUUAUAUAUUUUUAUUGUUUUCAGCGUCGAUCUUAAUCUUCUAUGCCACACAAAAUCUUACACGUGAAUACCUCUGCAGCAUCACCUUCAUAUUUGAGAUGGAGAAAGACAACAUUAUGUGCAUCACCUCCAGUAGAAUGUCAUCUUUAUGUACAUAAUUAAUUUUAUGGCUAAGUUUGAUUGUUUAGAAGGCGAUACGUUAUAUAAAACUUCAAACUCUAAAUAUGUAUAUAUAUAUAUAUAUAUAUAUAUAUAUAUAUAUAUGAGCAAUUGCAAUCAUAGAACUUUAUUCUAUUAAAAAUUAAACUGUGACAACUAUAAUUUAAGACAUUAUGAUUAUAUAUUAAUCUCUUUCCGACAAUUAGGUGAAAGCAACCUACUAACUACAACUUCUUAAUUCGCACCAGUGUACUCAUAUUUGUGUAUAAUUUAAGAUUUGUUUGUUACUUGUAACGAAUUGAAGCAAUAUAAAUUUAAGACAGUUUAACGGCUGAAAAUCCAUUUGGUUCGCAGAAUUAGCAGAGUCCAACUUUAACAUCUUUAGAGUUGUGUUUGAUAAGUGUUCAAAUAAUAUAACCGAAGGAACAAACACAAACUUACUCAAAACCGCAUCAUAUUAAACGAGUCCUGCCAAACUUAGAUUAUCAUCGAACAUGUCACAACAUCUCAAAGUAUCUCACAACCUUAAAAAUGCAGUAAUCGAGAUUAUCAUAGCUGUGAAAAUAGUACAUUAGCAGACAAUCUUUGUUCGGUUUGUCUCUAUAGCACAUCAUUUAGAUUUUUAAGGGAUUACAAUAAUUUUGCAAACGAACAAAACUUUCAUACGAAUAGGACUGUGACCGUCCCAUGCCAAAGCAAAAGAAUAAUACAUUUAGCCCCACAUGUCACUAAUAUGUCAUUUCCGAGUAAUGCAUGAGGCAGGUCAUUUUAAAUUAUAUUAUUGGUUUUUGCAAUCAACAAGUUAAACACCACAAACUUAAUAGUCGGUGAUUCAAUGUGUGAAUAAUGUGAAAAACACCAAAGAUUGGUUUAUGGCUAGUUUUUGUUCUUAUCUCGAAUCCACCCCAUGUGGUGCAUGGUUCAAGUACGUCUUUCGUAGUUUGAUCUACUCCUUAAUAAUGUCACAGCUAUUAAGAAUUCUUUUAUGAAUACUGACAAAACAAAUUAUAAAUUGGCUAGUGGCAUAAACAAUAAGAACAAAAUGUAGGAAAAUUGAUCAAUUCAUAUUUUAGGUGGUUACCUAUAUGAUUCGAUUCUCUUUUACGAGACAUGCAAAUGUGAAAGAUACAUGUAUAUCAAUAAAGUCUACUUCUUUUUAUAUUCCAAUUUUUAAACUUAUUCAAAAUUAAAUUUAGGAUGUGAUGAAGGUUAUGAGUGUUUAGAUAGCCUAAGCUGAUAUAAGUUUGUGUAAAGCCUAAACCUUAAUUUGGUUUAAUCCUAAUUCAGUUUUAGUUAACGGUUAACUAUGUGCUAAGCUUGCGGUCAAUAUUUUACUAAUUUUAAAAAUACAAUUGGCCUGCAAUUGUAUAAAAUUCAGUAAAAAAUUUAAUAACUUUUUUUUAUGAUUUUGUUUAUAAUUUUCUUUAAAUUCUAUAUAAUAUAGUUUAACUCUUAAAAUUUCGAAGAUCAUAAACGAUUGUUUUAUGUACCUAAUAUCCAAGAACCAACUCAUUGGUCUUUUGCCGACCACUGGCUUUAUGCCGACCAUAAACAAAUACCCGACCUUAUAUUAGAUUCAUCACUUCUCUACCUUCUUUUGAGAACCUGAAAUGAAAUCACUUCUUUAAAAUCCUUUUUCAUAAUGGGCUUAUAUGGGUGAACCAACAUUCUUGACUGGGCUUAAAAGCCAAUACUUCAAGAAGUCCAUUUAUUUAUCAUCAAAAAAACCUGAAAAGGGAAGUAAAUUUCACUAUCCAUGACCCGAAAAGGAAAGAUUAGCUGGCGUGUAAAUGUAUAUUCCCAAAAACAUUAGGUCAAUCUGAAACAAACUAUCAAAAUACAGGGGUUUAAAAGUGAAAAUACAUAUUAGUUGAGCGCCUUACCAAAGCAAAGCACCCUAAAAAGAGAGAACAUCGGAGAGUGACGUAAACACGACCGUUGAUAAGCACCGUUUCAACUCGCCGCCGGUGACAUUAAAAACCGCCAAAUCAAAAUUAUAUCAGAAUCUCCCAUUACCCUUUUAAGAAAGAUCUUCACUUUCUGUGGUUUUCACCUUCCUCAAUCAGUGAUUGCUUCUCACUACAAUCAAUCUUCAAGCCCCUCUCUCUUUACUCUCUUCCAGGGUAAGAUCUUAUAUGAUAUGAUCUUCUAAGAGGAGGAUACAAGUCUCUGUCAUCGUGUAGCUCGAUAUGAAGAAGAGUGUAACCAAGGGGAGGAUCGAGAAAGAAACAGAUAAGGCUUGUGUUUCGGUUGAGAAAGCUGAGUCUACUCUACUCUCAUCUCUUGUGAAGAAAGGAAAACAAACAUCGAACAAGAGAAAGUACACUAAGCGCAAAUCCGAGGAAGAAAUAAGUUCGAAAUCAAACAAGAGGAAGUAUUCUCGUUGCAAUGAGGAGGAGGAGGAGGAGAAGGGUAAGAAAACGAGGAAGAGGAAAAGGAAGAGACAGCAAAAGGGUAAUAAGGUUGAGGAGGAGGAGGUAGAUGAAGCGUUACGGUUGCAGAGGCGAACAAGGUAUUUGCUUAUUAAGAUGAAGAUGCAGCAGAAUCUCAUCGAUGCUUACGCAGCUGAAGGGUGGAAAGGUCAGAGCCGGGAAAAGAUAAGACCAGACAAGGAGCUUGAGAGAGCACGGAAACAUAUCUUCGACUGCAAGCUUGGACUACGCGACGCCAUUCAUCAGUUAGAUCUUCUUAGCUCGGUGGGAAGGAUGGAGGAGAAAGUUAUGGCUCCAGAUGGUUCUAUUCAUCAUGACCAUAUAUUUUGUGCGGAGUGCAACUCGCGAGAGGCUUUUCCGGACAACGAUAUAAUACUUUGCGAUGGAACGUGUAACCGUGCGUUUCACCAGAAGUGUCUUGACCCUCCUUUGGAAACAGAAAGCAUACCUCCUGGAGAUCAAGGCUGGUUUUGCAAAUUUUGUGAUUGCAAAAUUGAAAUCAUCGACGCAAUGAAUGCGCAGAUAGGAACUCAGUUCUCUGUGGAUAGCAACUGGCAGGAUAUUUUUAAUGAAGAAGCUAGUCUUCCUGUUGGAUGUGAAGCUACACUUAACAAAGAAGCGGAUUGGCCUUCGGAUGACUCUGAGGAUGGUGAUUAUGACCCUGAAACGAAGGAUAAAAGCAGCAGCAAAAGCGAUAGUGGUGGUGGUGGUGGUGAUAAUGAUGGGGAAAGCGUUUCGAGUAGUAGCGUGAGUUUAGCAUCUGACGGUGUAGCACUUUCAACAGGAUCGUGGGAAGGUGGCAAUAUGGUGGAUUCAGAGGAGACGAGUAACGAAGAAACUGUGUGCGGACCAAGACAGAGGAAGACUGUUGACUAUACUAAACUAUACCAUGAAAUGUUUGGGAAAGAUGCUGUUCUGCAAGAGCAAGGUAGUGAAGACGAAGAUUGGGGUCCGAGUGACAGAAGGAAGAGAAAAAAGGAAUCUGAUGGAGCAAGCACACUGGUAGCUGUGUGUGAGAACAGCAAGAAAGAUCAAGAUGUUAAGGAAACACCAGAACAGACUCAACAUAGUGAGAGAGAUUCUGUCUCUGUAGAAGGCAAAGUAGGGAAGAGACCAAUGUUUAGAAUCCCAAGAGCUGCAGUUGAGAAGCUACGUCAAGUGUUUGUAGAGAAUGAGCUUCCUUCCAAAGCUGUGAGGGAUAGUCUUUCAAAAGAGUUGAGUCUUGACCCAGAGAAGGUUAGCAAAUGGUUCAAAAAUGCGCGGUAUAUGGCAUUGAGGAAUAGGAAGACGGAAAGUAUGAAACAACCUGAAGGGUCGAAGGCGGGGUCUGGAGAUUCUGGACGAGAAGCAGUCUUGGUGGAAAAAAACACAGAAAGAAAUGAGACUCGAUGUAUUGUUGACGAGAGUGUCAUGGAGGAAAACACAGAAACAAAUGAAACUCAAGGCUCUGUGGACGAGACUACCAAGGACAAAAACACAGGAGCAAAUGAAAAUCAUGAAACCUUGGACCAGACUGUUACAGAGGAAAACACAGUAACAAAUGAAGUUCAAGAUACCUUGGACGAGCCUGUCAUGGAGGAAAACUCAGGAACAAACGAAUUUCAAGAUACCUUGGACGGGACUGUCAUGGAGGAAAACACAGAAGCACCAAAGAUUCAAGAUACCUUGGUUGAGACUUUCAUGGAGAAAAAUUCAGAAACAAAUGAGAUUCAAGAUCCAACGGACGAGACUGUCAUGGAGUACACAGAAACAAAGGAAGUGCAAGAUACUGUAGACGUGGAGAACAACUCAGAAACAAAUGAAAUGCAAGGCACCAUGGAAAUAAAUGAAAUUCAUGAUGAUACCAUGGACGAGACUGUUCCACUCAGAUAUGAUGAUUUUACGGAUCAGACGACAGUUUCUGCCUGUAAUGAUAAGCAGGAGGAAACUGAAGACGCCAAUGACUCCUUUCCUACUCCCCCAGAAGAUGAAAGUCAACAGUAUCUUGAACAGAAAGACUCUUCUUUCGCUCUAGUGCCGCAUGAAGAGCUAACCAGCGAAAUGAGCGUAGAGACGCCUAUUGAGGAUAAGGAGGCAGAGAGCCAGUUAAAGGAAGAGGAAGAAUUGGAAGCGUUGAUGGAGGUUCUUUGUAGAGCAGAAAACAAGUUAAUGGAUGUAACGCAUAGGCUUGAGAGAUUUAGAACACCGAAAGGCCGUAAAAAGUUAAGCAAGUCUUCUUCUUGUUUAUCUGAAGAAGACUAUGUAGUGUAUGUACCAACAGCAGAGAUCAAAGUGAAAAGGUGAAAAGAAACGUAGAUCUCUUGCUCAAGUUUUGGUGUUGUUGGAUUCUUUGGGAAAUCAAGUUUAAGAAUACCCUUUUGUAUUUUGUCCAGCUUGUCAUCUAAAGAUUCUAAACUUAAAAUAAAUCCCAGGAAAAAAAAAUAAAACUGGGGUUAUAUUACAGAACUUGAGAUCUUUUGACGUAACACAUUUCUUAGCUUUUAAAUUUUUUUAUUGGUAAACAUUUUACCAAAUAAUAAACCGA